AUGGAAAUAGCAGACAGUGGCGAAGGAUGGAUGAGGAUUGGGAUAAAAUCCAUUGAAUAUUCGGGUAAAUAUUUUGAAGCCGAAAAUCCACAAAAACGUUUAGACGCAGUUUUUAUUGGCAAUACACGAGUAUUAAAUGUACGUUUGGAAAAUUUACGAAGAAGCUAUAAUAAAUUGCUUGUUGAAUUGAGUUAUUUGCCGGUCGAUCGCGAAACUCUCUCUCAAUGCAUGUUCAAGCAACACGAAGUUGAUUUCAUUCCCUUGACGAAAGUAAAAUUUUCAUUGGAAUCUGCAAUCCCCUUGGCUCUUGGAAAGUAG